AUGAGCUCUGGCUCCGCCCAGGAUGUGGCGGUGGAGCAUUUCUUGUGUGACAUAGAGAGGAGGGGCAAGCGGCUACAUUGCGCUGUGAUUGGCUGCGAGGAGGAGCAGUGUCCACGCGGCGACAUGAACCUGCUGUAUCGUAAGAGCCGGCUGGACUGGAGGCACAAGGACCAGGAAGGCAAUAAGAAGAGCUCCAGCCAGAAGGACCCCUCCUCAGCCACGGUGGGCAAGGUCCGUGACCUGGCGUCCUUCCGACGCCACUUCCGCAUGGGCUUCAUGACCAUGCCUGCCUCCCAGGAUCUGUCCCCUCACUCCUGUGCCUCUGCCAUGGCCCCCCGCUCCCAGUCCUGCCAUGCCGUGGGCGCUAGAGACACAGGUCUGGAGAAUGGGGAGGAUUACUCUGACACACAGUCACAGCACGGCGGGCGCUGCCCCCCUACCAAACCCAAACGACACCCCAGCACCCGCCUCAGCUCCUCCUCCUCAGACCCCAGAGCACCUCACGUCCUCCCGGACACCCCUCCACCGCCCCUACCCACUCACUCGCAGGCCAAACACUCAGAGAAGAAGAAUGCAAUGAAGAAGUCAGACUCGGGGGACAUGUCGAAGAAGGUGCCGCCUCUGAAGCCCAAACGAAGUCCCAGCACUCAGCUCUCGUUUGACCCCCCACCGGCCCGCGUGCCCCCUCCUGCCACGCCCCUGCCUUUCCAGGGGGGCGAGGGUAAGCCCCAGGGUGAGGAGGGGGAUGAUGAGCCUGUCUACAUAGAGAUGGUGGGCCAGGUGUUCACAAGGGAGAACUCAGACCAAAACGAGGCCAUCUAUGAGGAGAUGAAGUACCCGUUGCCAGAGGACAGAGAGGGACACAAACGCGUCCCUCUCAAACACGAGAGACUCAAAUCCUCCAAACACCACUCCUCUGGCAUCUCUGCCCCUCUACCUCGCCCCUCCUUCUCCUGUUCCAAACCUAAAGCCACAGUGUCCAUCUCCCACUCCUCGCCCCUCCCCUCCUCCACCUCCACCACCCCUGUCCCCCAGCCACUCUCCUCCAGCCCGCAACCCCCACGGGCCCCUACCCCCUAUCUCCUCCAGGGGAACAAAUCAGAGACAGAGUCCACCAGUAAGAUCCCGGCCCCCUUCCCCAACCUGCUGCAGCACCGGCCUCCGCUGCUCGCCUUCCCCCAGCCAGCUGCUGCCUCCAGCGGGGUCGGGGUCCAACACAAAGCUGUUGCUGCCAAACUGGGAACCAUCAGCAUCCAGACCUCCUCCAGUAUGACAACGCCAUCCAGCACCUCCUCUGCCUCUACCACCCCCUCCUCCAAUCUCCCCAUGCUCCUGUCAGGCUAUAGAGGGGACUCGCCCAACCCCAACACCAACAACAAGAAUGGCUCAGAAACCUCCUCCAAGUCCACUGCCCAGACCCAGACCCAGGGCUCUGGCAAGGAGGGCAAGUCUGCUGAGAGCACUCCCACCACCAACAGCCAUUCAUCCCAGACCAGCACCAGUUCAAACCCAACCCAGUCCUCCUCCUCCACCUCCUCCCACUCUCGCCCUCACUCUCGUUCCCACCUCCAACGCUCCCACACCCCUCAUGGCCUGCCUGCCUACAAGCCCCCCUCCUCAGACAGCCCCCUGCUCUGGACCUACCCCUCGGUGGGCUUCCGGAGACCCCCGGCGUACGACAGCCUGCGAGGAGGGUCUCAUCUGCCCUCCUUGCACCACCAGGGUCACGGUGAUGUGGCCUCCAAAAGCAGCACGGUGCCUGGGCCCGUCCAGGGGAAGGCUGCGUUCAUGCCCUGGGACAGCAGUGGCUUUGGAGACGAUGGGUCCUACUGGCCCGUGCAGAGGAAACUCUCCUUCAGCCAUGGCAGCCGAGAGACAGCAAGAGAAAAGGAUGAAGGGCGUGCAUGGAAUGGUAGUGCCGAUGCCCUCCUGAGGGUGGACAAGGAGGAACUGGUCCCAGGGCAUCGAGGAGGAGGAAGAGGAGGAGGCCACUCUGGGAUCCCAGUACGCUUCACUGGAGGGAGGGGGCUGGGCCACAGUGAGUCCCUGGCCGGGAUGGAGGAGGGGUUCUUGGGGUUCCGAGCCCUGCCUAGAGGGGGUUUCCCUCUCCCCUGCCAAACCUUCCCAGCCUAUCGCAAUGGAGAACUGGGUCGAUUCGGCCGCUCAUCAUCCACCUCUGGGGUGAGGCAGGUGGGUGGAUGCGACGUUCAGAGGCAGAGCAGCCUGCCUCAUCGAGAGGCACUGAGUCAGUUGCAUGGGCUGUCCCACUCCUCCCAGACACCCUGCAGUCCCAGUCUGUCUAGACAGCAGCAGCAGCUCCAACUCCAUCAGCAGCAGCUGCAGUUACAGCAACAGCUCCAGCAGCUGCAGCAGCAGCACCACCUCCAGCUGCAGUUCCAGCACCUGGCUCAGCUAGCCCAGGGACAGCCUCCCAACACCGGGGGCGCCGCCGCAUCCGCAGCCCAGACCCAGAGGGAUGGCAAGCUGCUGGAGGUCAUUGAGAGGAAGCGCUGCCUAUGCAAAGAGAUCAAGGCCCAGCGGCGCCCGGACAAGAGCCUGUGUAAGCAGGACAGCAUGCCUAUCCUGCCCAGCUGGAGACGGACCCCUGAACCCCGCAAGACGGGCACACCUCCCUGCCAGAGGCCCCAGGCUGUGGUGUGGGACACUGCCAUCUGGGGGGGGGGGGGGGGCAGGAGAG